AUGCAUCUCAUGUACACCCUCGACGCCAGUGGCAAGCGCCUCUACACGCUCAAGAAGGUUCAGAAUGGCGAGGUCACGAAGUCGGCACAUCCGGCGAGAUUUUCACCUGAUGACAAGUACUCAAGACACCGAGUGACGCUGAAGAAGAGAUAUGGACUCUUGAUCACGCAACAGCCGAGUGAGUCUCCAAGGACCUCCCAAAAGGAUUUGACGCUAAUAGAUUGUCCAGACAAGAAGGUGCUCGGCCAGUAA